GAGGAAUCUUGUUUAUAUAGGUCUCUGAGAAAAGAUUAGAAGUGGGAACAUGGGGAGGUUCCUGCUUUGUUACAUUGUAUUAUCUAGUACUACAUUUUUAAAUAUCAUGGCAAGUAGUUCUAGUGAAAAUGGUAAUGGUUUGCUAUUAUAUCUCCACAACUAUUCAUUUUAUGCACAAAAGGUAAUGAUUGCUUUAUUUGAAAAAAAGCUUCCUUUUAAACAAUCUGCAGUUGAUAUAACAUCUGGUGAAAAUUAUAAACCAUGGUUUUUGGAGAUAAACCCACGGGGUGAAGUUCCAGUUUUGAAAGAUGGAGUUAAAAUCAUACCUGAUUCUGGUCGUAUCAUUGAUUACUUAGAAGAUAAUUUUAGUAAUGGAGAUCAUCCACGUCUUAUACCUCAAGACCCUGUUCAAAAACAAAAAAUGAACAACUUUAGAGAAAUGAUUGAUAGGAUAAAUGGCAAUAUUGUCACUAUUGGGACAUUUUAUCAUCCUGAUUUAGCACAAAACCAAAAAUAUCCAUUUAUUGCUCCAGUUAGGAAAGUCAUGAAAGCGGAUUUCGAAAAAAAUGGUGAGAAAUUAAGAAAAAUUGCUGAGGAAAAUCCAAAAUACAAGGAUGUAUUAAUACAAAAGGCUGAAGCUUCAGAAAAAACUCGUGAAUUAGUGGCUAACAAAGAAUCAUUUAUUAAAUACCUCGAUCAAGUGGAUGAAACCUUGUCUGCUGUUGAGAGUGAACUUACUUCACACAGUGAUCCUGAAAGCUGGUUGAUUUCAAAAGAAUUUACUAUUGCUGAUGUUGGGUUGACAAUGCUUUUAGAGCGGCUUAAUUUAGUUGGUCUGGCGCAUAGAUAUUGGGAAGCCGGUGUGAGGCCUCAAGUCACUGAUUACUUCAAACGUGUGCAGUUGCGGGAGUCUUAUAAGAACACUAUACCUGGGAUGAUGUUUCACAUCAAGGCUCUGGUAGGGUUCAAGGUUAUAGCUGGGAUUGGAUUGGCUUUAAUAUUGGUUGGAUUAGGCGGAGGCUUUAUCAUCUGGAAGCGCUGUACUAAAUCUAGUUAAAUUAUUAUUAAUUGUAUAAUUUACAUAAAAAAGUAAAUUAAAAAACUUUGUAAUGUAUAUUUGUAAAAAUUGAUUUAAUUAGUCUAUAAGUCUUUAAGUUGUUAUAUGAUCGAAUCAAUAAAUAAACAAGACAAAAAAAAAAAAAUUAAUGAUUAACCUGAAGCGAUUACAUUUUUUUUAUGAAAUCAUAUUUGUACAUUUCAUUUCUAUUUCCUGAAAUUACUUUACUUUGGUUACAAAUUACACUUUUUUAGUUAGUAAAAUCUAGGAUUAAUUGUCUUUAACAUCUAUUUGUAUUAAUCUCAACUAAAAAUAUAUUUAUUAUAAAUGCCUCUGUGGUGAAAUUUGCUGGUUUCACUGCUUAUUAUACUCAAUUGUUAUAUCAUGCCUUAUAAGAAAUAGUUGAUUAAAUGUUAAGCUCUGAUAGGUAACUUGGUAAUCGCACAUGAAUUGUUGCUUAUAUAAAAAAAUAGUUCCAUUGUAUAAAAACUAAAAUUAAGGUUUUGAAUAAUAACAACCGAUUUUAUAGGCUUUUUGUAAGAUAUGUAAUUACUUAAGAAUAUUAUGUACAUAAAUACUCUUUUGGGAGUGACAA